AUUCUCCGAAAUAUCCGUAACCUUCUCCGUUCACGCUUUCCAUUGUUCAUCAACCAUGGAAAUAUUUUCUCUCAGAUCUCCGUUUCUGAUUGUCCUCCUUAUCAUCACCACCGUCACCACCGCCGCCGCCGAAGUAAACCUUCAAGAACUCGAUGCGGCCUUCUUCAGUCUCCGAAUCCGUGGCUAUACUCUCUUCCCUAACGCCAUAGCCACAUCGGAUGUCCUUCUCCGCCUUCUCUCGGCCGGCGCCUCAACAUCAGCAAACUGCUCCUUCACCCUCUUCUCUCCUACCGACUCCCACCUCUUCUCCCUCGACUUCUCUUCCUCCGCCUCGCUCUACACUCGGACUCUCCUCCUCCAUGUAUCUCCCUGCCGGCUAUCCGCGUCAGAUCUCUGUUCCCUCUCCCGCCCUCAAAUCGACUCCCUUCUUCCUAACCACGGUCUCAAGAUCGGAACACUUCUGGCGUCUAAAAACGGCUGUAUUCCAGGCUCGCUUACUGUGAACGGUGUGCAUGUCUCGAAGCCUGAUAUUUUUCUCGGAUCGGAUAUCGUCGUCCAUGGACUUGAUGGGUUACUUGCCGUCGUUGGAUCCAGAUUCAGGGUCAAUGACGAUAGUUCAGGUGAGCUUGUGCAAGUUUCACCAUCGAGCUGGUGUGGGAUGUGUGCUUCCUCAACGAAAUCACCGGAAACGUCGCCAACAGCUGGGAGUAGAAGGCCAAAACCGACGCCAGAUACGACAAGGCACCAUUACCUGAGAAGUGGUUCAGGUGAGCUUGAGCCAGUUUCACCAUCGACCUGGUCUGAGAUGUGUGCUUCCCCAACGAAGUCACUGGAAAGUUCGACUCCAGCAGAAAGUAGAAGGCCAAAUUCAACGCCAGAUACGAUCGAUCACCAUUACCAAAAAAUUGGUGCUGGUGAGCCCGACGCUAUUUCACCUUCGAGCUCUUGUGAGAUGUGUGCUUCCCCAGUGAAGUCACCAGAGAGUUCGCCUCCAGAAGGGAGUAGAAGGCCAAAAUCAACGACGCCGCCAGAUACGACGGACGACUAUUACCAGGGAAGUAAUAGAAAAAAAUUGCAUGAUGAUGAUUAUGGUAACUAUGGGAAUACACAUUUGCACGACAGUUUUUUCAAGUACAACCCCCAUUUUCCUCUCUGAUCAUUUGGCCUUGAAAUUGAGAGAUUGAUGGUCGAUAUAUAGAGCCGGGCUUCCUCUGUCUUUAGUUCCACGGAAAUUUCCAAUCUUCUUUCUCGGCAACCAAACAGAGGUAGUCAGAAUUCUUAUAAAUAAUAGUUUCAAUU